AUGCUCGAAUUCUUGAGUUUAGACCUGUUCUCAUUGCCGAAUUUAUGUAUUUUUGGAUUUCUACUAAGCUCGAUAGCUGUUAGCAGUCUUUUCACGUAAGUUUUCUCCAAGUAAACCUCAUGGAAAUCAAGAAAAAUUGAUUUAGGCUAUCUUACGCAACUCCAUGGGUUAGAAGAAGACGCUCGGAAUACCUAAAGCCGGAAAAGGUUUAUCGAUCAUCGCCAGAGCAAACCUUCCCAAAAUUGCUAGCAGAAGAUAGUGGAAAAUCGCACAAAAGACAUACAAAUGGUGAAAUAUAUCUCUCAGUGAUUAUCCCAGCGAUGAACGAGAAAGAAAGACUUCCAAUAAUGCUCGAUGAAUGCUGUAAAUACCUGCAAUCUCGCAGUAAAUCAUCGCAAGAUUUUACUUAUGAAAUUAUAAUUGUUGAUGAUGGAAGCAGCGAUGGAACCGCAGAUUUGGGUGUAACUUAUGGAUUACAAUACCCAAAGACGAUUAAAGUUUUGAAACUCGAGCAGAAUCGCGGGAAAGGCGGUGCGGUGAAAGCGGGAGUUUUGAACUGCGCGGGGAAAUUGAUUCUAUUCGCUGAUGCCGAUGGAGCAACACAAUUUGAAGAUUUUGAGAAUCUGGAGAAGGAAAUCAUUCGGUCAACUGGUGGAAGUUCUUCUAAAGAGAUUGAUGAAAGUUUUCCGGCUGUAGUUGUUGGAUCUCGCGCGCAUUUGGAAGCGCAAAGCGUGGCCGAGCGAUCAUUCUUCCGGACGAUUUUAAUGCAUGGAUUUCACUCGCUUGUUUAUCUUUUUGCUGUGAGAAGUGUUAAGGAUACUCAAUGUGGAUUCAAAUUGUUCACCAGAGCGAUUGCAGCAAGGGUGGGUUAUUCAUUUUUGAAUAAGCAUAAGCAGUUUUAGGCUAACUCCAAAAAAUUUCCAGCUCUUCCCAGUUUUGCACGUUGAGCGUUGGGCAUUCGACGUCGAGUUGUUAUAUCUUUGCGAAAAGUGGCGUGUUCCAGUCGGCGAGGUUUGUGUGAGAUGGAAGGAGAUUGAUGGAUCGAAAAUCACGCCGAUUUGGUCGUGGUUGCAGAUGGGAAGGGAUUUGGUGCUGAUUUGGUUUAGAUAUACGGUGAGUUCGGUUUUUUGAAGAAACAUUGGGAGAAAACUGUGGCAGAGUUGCAUUUUUGGUAUUUUUAUCAGUCAAAAAUGCAACCCUGACACAGUUUUCCACCUAAAAAUGGUGAAAAAAUGACUAAAAUGGAAUUUUGGAAGCCUGGGACCUUUUCUUCUUGAAAAUAAUGAUAAAAGUGUGCCAGGCUUCCAAUUUUUGCUGAAAAUUAGUCAAAAAUGCAACCCUCACACAGUUUUUCAUCUGAAAAUGGUGAAAAAAUGAUUAGAAAAGGAAUUUUGCAAGCCUGGAACCUUUUCUACAUAAAAAUAAUGAUAAAAGUCUGCCAGGCUUGCAAUUUUCACUGGAAUUAGGCAAAAUAUGCAAGCCUGGCACAGUUUUCCUUCUCACUACGUAGAAAAUUACUAGAAAAACUAUGCCAGGCUUGCAAAAGGUUCCCGAAAAGUGGGCGGGGCCUAAAAUGCAAACCUGGCACAGUUUUUCUCUUGUAAAUCCUCAAAACCGUGCCAUACUUACAAAAGCUCUGCUACUAGAAGCCUAAAAUGCAAUCCUGGCAUAGUUUCUCCUCAAAACCAUGCCAGACUUGCAAAAAUCUGAAAAAUGUGUUUUUUUUUCAGGUCGGAAUUUGGAGCGAUGAGCAACCGAAAUGA